AAAAAGAAAAAAAAAGUCAACUGUCAAAGUCACACAUCAAUCCGUUUCCGUCAAAUUUGUACAAAAAUAAAAAAUACUAUUUCAUCAUAAAAAAUGCGUAGAUUCUAGGGUUUUCUUAAGUAAAUAGAUAAAACUUGUUUUACAAAAUGGCUUUAACCUAUAGGACAUUGUUUAGGAAUUGUCAAUAUUUUUGCAUCAUAACCAAACCGGUCAAAUCAGGUGUUGUGAGGAACCAACCUCUUAGAAGUUUAUCCAAUAUUAGUUUUUGUCGCAAUAAUAUUUUUAGCAAGCCGCUCUUUGAUAUAAAACAAAUCAGCUGCAUAUCUAUCUCAAGUAGAAGUUACGUCGCUCAAAAUGGAUCAUCCCAGAAUCCACAGGAGCCUGAAGAAAAGAAAACUGGUCUUAUCCAGAGGUUCAAGCAGAUGUACAGGGACUACUGGUAUGUCUUAGUGCCUGUGCAUAUGGCAACAUCAGCUGUUUGGUUUGGCGGUUUCUACUAUGCAGUAAGAAGUGGUGUAGAUGUCCUGAGUUUAUUGGAAUACUUAGGUGUAAAUGAAACUUUGAUGGCACCAUUGAGAGACUCCAGUGCUGGAUACUUUGCACUUGCAUUCGCUCUCUAUAAAUUAGCAACUCCUCUGAGAUAUGCAGUAACUGUUGGUGGUACUACUUUUGCAAUUAAAAAGUUAACAGCGAUUGGUUGGAUCAGACCAGUGCCAACGAGAGAACGAAUCAAGGAAAUGUUUCAAGAGAGAAAAGAUAAUCUUCAAGAUCGUUUUAAUGAGAGCAAACAACAUUACCAAACACAGAUGAAGGAAAAACGGAAUCAUGUAAUGGACGAGAUGAGACGAUACAAAACCGAAAUACGCAAUAUGAAAAAUAAGAAAAGGUAUAAGAUAAAAAAGUAAUAAUGCUUCUAAAGUAAAUAAUUUUCCUUUUAACACUGUAAAAGCUGUAUAGGUGGUCUUUUCUUUAGUUUAUCAUGAAAAGAAUAUUUAUUAAAUUUCGAAAGAUUUAUUAUUGUUUAAAAAUAUUUAAAAUAUAAAAAAGUAUUACUUAAAAUUAACAGUUUUAUUUUAUUUCCUAAAAUAAUAAUCACAUUUCCAUCAAAAUGUACAUAUAUCCACUUAUAAGUGAUGAAUAAACUUAAGUACAAAACAGGACAGCACAUAACUGGAAUGUUAUUUGUUACAUUAUGUGAAAUGUCUUUAAAACCUUAUUUACUUUGUGACCAAGUGAUUACAUAAUAAAACUUAUAUUUUUGUUCAUGUUGUACCAGGAGUGCUGCCAUGUCAUGUUGUGUCUAUAAAUUAAUAAAUGCAUAUGAUUAAUGAAUGUCUGGCAACCAGCUAGACUUUUAAUAAAUUAUUGGCACUGAUACACAUUCUUCAAACUAUAAAUUUAAUCAUUAAUAAACUGUAGCAUGAAAUACUUUGAACUGUAAAAUGCAUAUCAAAUUCCAUUUAGAUUAAUUUGUUCUUUACAAUGCAAACUUAUUAAAAUCAAAAACUCAAUAAUGUAAAUAACUAAAUAUUAUCACAAAAUAACACUAAACAAAUCAAGUUGUUAUAAUGGAACCUAAAAGGAAAUCAUUUUUAAAUGCAUGAUAAUAUGCACUGUCGCAAAUCAAGGCAUUAGGAUGUUAGGUAUGAUUAUUGCCACCAUUGUAACUUCACUGGAUAUAUUGAAAAAGUCCUUAGGAUACUGAUUCACUGUAGUCUAAUGACAUCGGUCGUACACUACACUGAGCGCAAUAACUGGCUCAAAAACAUGUAAACAAUAUCAUAAAUGCUAAUAAUGAAAGCAAAUUAAAUUCCUCAUGAUGGAGCCAGUCAUUAAUAAAUAUUAACAUUUAUAUUUAACAAAUUAACAUACUUAAUAAUAUCUCCUUAACAAUAUCCAUUAUGCAUAGAAUAUAGCAUACAUUUACCAGUGGUGGAUCUAUACAGUUUCAUCUAAAUUUUAAAAUAGAUUUCGGUUUCGUUAAUAGUCAGCUUUACUACAAAAUAUUAGACGAAUUACAACAGCCAAAAAUCAAUUCUACACUUUACAUCAAAGUCUAGGCAAAUAAAAUUAAUGCUCACAUCAUUGACUGGGCAAGAUCAAACAGGUUUUGGGAUGAUGAAUCUUAGAUUGUAAACAAAGCAAAGGGUCCAAUCAUUAGACUCUGAACUAUAGUACAGGCACUCAAUUCCACUAAAACGCUUAUGUAUACUAUUAAAGCUACA